AAUCACAAAUGUUGAGUCAUUAUUUUUAUAUGCUGAUAAUCCAUUAUGCCUUUUCGUAGAUGAACUCGUCAAUGAAACAACGACAUUACCACCUCCUGAAACAGUCAGCAAUGAAGAAGAAAGUAAAGAACCUAUUGAAAAAACUAUUCACGAACCAAUCCAGAGUCCAAAUGAGCCUGCAUUUUGGACAAUGUUAGCUAAAGGGAGGAAGUCUGAUACAUAUUUUAACAUCUGGUAACCUGGGUUUGAUACCAAAUUUUGCCACUUAUUAGCUAUGUACCAAGGGCAAAUCCAUAAACUUCUGUGAUCCUGGAAAAUGGAGCAAAGGACAGCUCCCCCAAGAUUGCUGUGAAGGGGAAAGACUCUGAUGUGAAUGCUACAGAUGAAGACUACCUGGCAGAACUACAGGAAGCCAAAUUAAAGUUAAUGCUGGGCCUCUUGUUGAUGACUCUCUUCCUUUUUGUCAUCCUCUUGGCAAUCUGUAGUGCCGUGAUGUACAAAAUGAAGACAAUGAACCCCGGGGGUCGGUGCCAGCGUUUGUGCUGCCAGUUCAGGCACCGGGAAAUGCGGUGGGAACUGAGUGAGGCAGCUCCUGGCAGCAGCUUGGAGGUGCUCGGAGUGCAGCGGAGCCAUGUUGAAUCCAUAGGCACAACUAUGGAAGAAUUGGAAAGAAUCAACAAAGAAAUCGAGUCAGUCAAGGCUGAGGUUGCAGAAAAGCGGAAGAGGCUCUCCAGGUUUACUUUAGCGCUUGAAGAGCUAUCGCAAAGCCCCGUGGCCUCCUUGAGUGACACAAUUGUGAGACAAGGUUUUCCUGAAAAUAGCCUGCUCCCAAAAGAACAGUGGAAUGAACCGUCAAAGAGCAAAGAGAGUCAGCCUAGAAAGUACGUGAUGGACCACAGAUGUCCAGCAACUGACCUUGAAUAUGAUCCCUUGCUCAAUUAUUCUGCAGGGCUGCUUGGGGCAUCUAAACCAAAGCAGGGCGAGACUGACAGGCAGCACUUCUGGAAAAAAUCUGUGGGUGGAAAUUGCCACAAGUGCCUGGAGAGCCAAAGACCUUAUGUUUCACCAAUACGAAUUAAAAUAAAUCUUCAAGAUUCUGAUGAAGAUGACCUUGUAAUGGAUGUACCUCCAAUCAUUCCUACUUCUAAGAAAUCUAAACCAUUUAGAGGCUUUAAAUAUCAGAAUAUGGAUGAAAAGAUCCAAGUAUCGCCCCUGGAGGAGAGAAAUCUUCAGAUCAGUGGUAUAGAAGAGGAAAAAAUAGAUGAAACCCAGCUAACCGCACAAACAGGUGAUGACAGUAACAAGUUCGAACCACCAAAAUCACACCUGAAAACCUCACUAGAUACUAAAACUAACAUAAACUUGUGGGGUGUUAAAGACCACAUUUCUAAGAUGGAAAGCUUCGGUGGUGAGGAAAAGCAUGUCUGUAUUUCAGGAGGAAGUAUAACUUGUGCACCUCUCAGUGACAAAGAAAUACAGAAGGAAAGUCAUAAUGAAAGUUAUCCAAAGAGCAGAAGACAUGUAAAUACAAUUGAUGAUACUCAAAAAGAAGAAACUGAAUGGCGAUACUCACCAAGCCAACUCCAGUUCUCUUAUUCAGACAAUCAUGUGAAAGACAAAGUUCUGAGAGUACAAGACGACAGUCAAGACUUCACUACUUUUGAAGACAACAGAUUAGUUGAAUUUGAUUUUGGUAAGGAAUGUACUGAAGAUGACACUCCCUCUGAGGCUGAUGACACUGUGAAGGAAUGUCUUCAAAUUUUCAAUAAGUUCACACGAAGCAAAGCUCGUAAGGGAGAGACUGCUAAGCAGCCUUCAGGAAAGCAAAUGGAAUUAGAUAUGCAAUAUUACCAAAACAUUUCUGGACCGAAAAGGAGGAUUGCACACACUGCCAAGUUUGAUGUUCCAACCAGUAAAGAGAUCACUAGCCCAUCCAGGGGACCAGUCCCACCAUUAAUUAGUCACACUGGAAUCCUUCAGGCCCAGCAACAGGCAGUGCAGAUAAUGGCUGCCAUUAAGGGUGGGCAGGCUUUUGUUGCUGCUACUUCAGAACAGAAAAAAAAUACAUUUGCAUGUCCAGCCUCUCAGACCCAAAGGAAAGCCUCAGGAGAAAAUUCAUGUACAUCAGACAGCCUUCAUGAGGAUGUAGUUCUUUCAAAGGAAAAUCCAACUGCAAAGCCAAACAGAUCACACAUUCCUGUGAAAAGUAUUGCUUCUUUUCCUGUAAAGGCUAAAAUAGAAGAAAAGACCAUUUAUGAAUGCUGUGGCCGUCGAAAUAUGUAUGUGAACAUAGCAAGAAAUACUCUGAAGAAGCUGAGAGACCAAGCUUCUAGGAGGAUGUGCUGUCGAUGUGGGAAGAUCUAUGGCGUGACUCCUGCAGGCAAACACAGCAGCGUAGAGGAAUGUCACUACCACUUUGGCCGACUGCGCUAUACAGCCAAAGGUUUGGAACUUACUCAAGUGACAGUGGUUGAUCCCAGCCUCCAGGUGGGCUAUGAUACAUCUGUGAAACCAGAUGAAGAAGUCAUUGACUAUAACACUAGGUUUUCUGGUGUGGUUGAAGAUGACUUGAAGGACACGAAAACCUCAAUCCGUGAUGUGCAAGCCACCAUGUUGAACAUGUUCAGCACUGACACUGUACUAAUUGGACAUAGCUUUGAAUGUAGUCUCUAUGCACUUAAGUUAAUUCAUACUUCAGCUGUGGACACGACAGUUAUGUUUCCUCAUUGGCUAGGCUCGCCUCACAAAAGAUCCCUUAAAAGUCUAGUGGCCGACUACCUGUGGAGAAUCAUUCAGGAUGAUGGUCACAAUUCAAGUGAAAAUGCAACCGCCUGCAUGGAACUCUGGAAGGUAAAAGACGACCUGAAAGGAAAGAAGUAACCACUUUGCCCAAGAAUAUCUUAAACCUCUGCAUUGCGUCCGUGACUACUUGGCCUUCACUGCUGGCAGUAGAGUUUGGUCUACAAUAACAUGAGGUUUCUCCACACUUUCAAAGAGAAGAGGAGAAGGAAAAGCACUGUUGAGGCAGUGUCCUAUGGCUCUUCUAAACACACUGAAAUCUAAUCGAUAUACCCAGUACUGGAAUUGUCUAAUUUCCUUUAAGGCGUUGGUUCUUUCCUUCUUAAUUGCUUUUUGAUAAUGUGGAAACUGGCCCAUGGAAAUGACAUGACUUUAUUCAGUUUGACUGCUGACCUUUGAGUAAGUAUGAAUCUUUAAUAUCAAUGCCGUUAACAUGCUACAAAGGUUUCUCUGCCAAGAGUAGGGAUGAGACCCAGAGCUGUCAAUCGUAUGGUCUCUGUGCCAGGAGUAAAUUCAAGUUGAUGGUGAUGACGUGCCCUCAGUAAACACCUCAGGUUUGCUGCUCUGGUACUUUGAAUUUACAAGUAAAUCUUAAGUAUCACUGAAUUCCUUUCUCUUUUUUCUUUUUAAUUAUCUACUUUUGGCUGCAUUGGGUCUUUGUUGCUGUGCGCGGGUUUUCUUUAGUUGCAGCGAGCGGGGGCUACUCUUCGUUGUUUGCGGUGUGCGGGCUUCUCAUUGCGGCUUCUCUUGUUGCAGAGCAUGGGCUCUAGGCACGCAGGCUUCAGUAGUUGUCGCGCAUGGGCUUAGUUGCUCCACAGCAUGUGGGAUCUUCCCAGACCAGGGCUCGAACCCGUGUCCCCUGCAGUGGCAGGCAUGUUCUUAUCCACUGUGCCACCAGGGAAGUCCAGUUCCUUUUUCUUGAUACCGUAAGUACUUCCUUAGUCAUCUCUUACACCUGACGUGAAGUAAAUUUGUAAUGAUGUAAAUUUAAAGUAUUUUAAAUAUAUGUAAUCAAGAAGGUCAGGCUGUUAUAGAAAAAGCAGCUGUUAUUGUGUAUUCCAAAGCCACAUGCAAAAUUUGAAGACAUUAUCUACAUUUUUCAGAUCAUCCUUGUUCCUGUUCAGUUCCAUGUACAUGCAGACCAAGAGCUGUCAGGAGUAUCUCCACAACAUUUGGGUAGAAAGCAAAAAGGAACUAUUUAUGUAUAUAUACAUAUAUAUAUAUACAUAUAUACGUAUAUAUAUACAUAUAUAUAUAAAUAGUAUAUAUAUGUAUAUAUUUGGACCUACUUUCAAUGGCUCUUCAUUUGAGCCCCUACUUAGUUGAUGAAAUAAAUGCUGCGACAGCAGUCUUGCUUUUGUUGUGUCUCCACUGCAUAUGCUGUUGUGGAUGAAGAGCGUUUGGGACAAAUACAGUUUCCUGGUCAUUGUUUCUGAUGCAUAAAGUUGAGCAGAUGGCAGGAAUAUGGAACAUUAUGCAGUAUGGUGAACUAUUAACAUUGCAGCACAAUUAAAAGGGAUUCUAGUUCUAAGCCCUUAGUUCACAUUGGAAUACUACCAGAGGUGCAAGAAAACAGAUUAGACAGUAGGAUACUUCUGGAAGACGUUUCUAAUCUUGUGAGCUUGAGAUAUGUCUGGUGGCAUAUACCCACCAACUGCUCUCUGCAUAUUACCAACAAGGUAGAGGAUGAUAAUUUAAGGUGUUUAAGGUGUUUUUCUCAAAAGUAUAAUACAGACGUUUGGCAAUACCUAUGAGACACAUUCCUGGACAAAAUGGGUAGGCAAGACAUUUAUUCACUUACUAUAUGAUCUCAGUGUAGCAUGUGCCUACAGUAUAAACGGUAAACUCACAAAUGAUCAAAACUAAAACUUUUUACAAUGUGCAAUACAGGUAGGGAUGUUAAUCUGAUAUGAUGUCACAUGUCUCCCAAAUAUAACUAACUAACUCCAAGCUUCCUAUUUUAAUUUCUUAAUAAACACAUCAAUGUUAUCAAAGAAACUAAAACUAAAUCCUAUUAAUUUAUCAAACUUAUACUUCUCUCAAAGUUCUUAGGCUUCUAAGGAACGAGAUUUAAAUCUGCUUUUCAGUGUUGGCAUUCUGGACUGACUUGUGGGCUCUGGAAACACCUGACAAAGUUGUCAAAUUAUGGAAUGAAAUUGGGGUGGCUUCUACAGGUGAGGGGGAAAAUUUAGAGAUAGAAGAAGCUCUUUUAUAUCGCUUAGGUACAGACUUAAAUCCAUGUCCUGUAAGAACUCAUACAUUUCCCCUACUUUUCUCACCUGUGCUCUCAGGGUCAGGUUUACAAUAUUUUCUUCUACACAGCAAAACAUAACAUCCAAUAUAUAGGUAAAUAUCAAAAAUAUCAAAAAUAUCUGGGACAAUGAGUUAUGCACUACAGUAAUUGUACUCUCACACCUUCCUGUAAAGUCCAUGUUUUUAGAAAAAUAUAUUAUUGCAUAUGAAACCACAAACAGGCAUUCUGAUUCCAGCACAUUCUUACUCAACACAGUAUAUACAGUCCUAAUAGAGGGUACUAUAGAUUCACACACAGGGGUCUUACGGUGAAUGUCCCAGACAGACAGCAAUCUAUAUACACGUCCAUAUUCCAUGUCACCUCUCUUGACAGAGGCUUGCCUGCUUGGCAUCAAGGUCUCAAGGGUCUCUCAUGCCGGUGAAGCGGAAACAGAAUAUACAGCUGAAGAUGGUCUGUCCUAGGCUGCUUCUUCGGCAGAACAGUCGAUUCCCGCGUAGGUAAACUUCUCAUAAAGCGUGGUAUUCACAUAGGUCUAGAAGAACAAGAGUGGUUCAGAGACACAAACUGGCUCAGUCCUGCCUCCGCCAGGGGCAGUUACGGUAAUACCCCGAUUUCCUUAGCUUGUUUCAACACAAAUGCAGAUACUUGGGGGUGUAGUUUUCUAUCCUCAUUCCCUCUGUUGUGUUUAACAACUUUCUUCCUGAAAAGCAUCCCUUGCCUUCUGCAAGUAAGAUUGCUUCCUCUCACUUGUUUCAGUCUCCGGCUUCUCUUUCUCAUGGUCUCUCACUGGUCUCUCCUGACAUGCCCCACAUCCUCUAAGGCCCCUUUCUCUGUCUGCUUCUCAUCUCCUGCUGUGUGACCUCACCCACAUCUUUGGUUUAAUUACCAACUGGGUUUUGAUGACGUUCAACAUCUACUUCCCUAACCUAGAUUUGUCUUUCGAACCUCAGAUCUGUAUAGACAACUACUUUCUAGAAAUUUUGAUAGAAUUCCUGACCCUCCCCGUAGUAACCUGUAGACCACGCUCUGUUGUCUACCUGCUGUUUGUCCUUGGGCAAGUCACUUUUCACCCUUCUAAGUCUGUUUCUUCCUCUAUAAAAUUAAAGGGUCAGGCUGUAUGACUGAUGAGAUUUAAGAUUCCUUCUAGCUCGAAUAAGCCAGUUCUAUAUGUUGUUCUACUGUGUGUGACUGUAUCUUAUAUAGGAAUCUUAUUUCCUCCAAAAUUGUAACUUCCUCAAAGUUGGGUCCACAUCUUUUAUGUCCCUAUAGCACCUAGGGUCAUGCUCAGGGGAACCUGUUGACUUGUAUCAACUUUUUAUUAACCACAGUGGACACAUGAAUUCUACUUAUGUAGAAUUUGAUCUCCAUACUCACCUUUCGUUCUUCUAACAUCCUGUUUAAGGACACCAGGAUCUGGGCAAAUGAGGGCCUUUCAUAAGGCUUCUCCCGCCAGCAUUGUCUCAUGAGAUCAUACCUUUGAAAACAGUGAAAGGGUUAAGUCUACAACUGUGCUUCAGGCCUAGGCACAGCCAGGUGUAGG